GAAGCGGGGGGUGCGGGGCCAGCAGCCCGCGUCCCUGGCGAUGCUGACGGGAAGGAGCGGGUCCCGCGUCCCUCGAGGGGCAGGCGGGACGGCGUGGGGCCGACGGGCCGUGUCCCGUGAGGGCCGUCGGUCCCGUUUCUUCCCUGACGGCCGGCGGGAGGGAGCGGGAGGCCAGCCCGCGUCCCUCACGCGGGACAGGCGGGAAGGAGCGGGGCCGCGUCCCUCGCACGGGGCAAGCGGGAGGGAGCGGGCCGGCAGCCUGUGUCCCUCGCGGGGCAGGCGGGAAGGAGCGGGACCGCGUCCCUGGCGGCGGAGGCGGCUGCGGACAGAGGGACCCGGCCACCCGCGGCUGCUCCCGGGGCCGCGCGGGGAAGAGCCGGCUCUGGAGGUCUGGGCAGGGAGGCCCCCGUCUCUCUAGCGGGACCCCCCCGCUGCCCUUCCCUCAGCGCGGCCCAGCCGGGCUGCAGCCGCUCGGGGACGGGGCUGGCGGCAGGCGGCAGCUCCCCUCAGUCCGCGGCGCUCCCGGGGGGGCGGGAGGGGGAGCGCCGUCCGGGGCCGCGCCGAGAGGGGAGGAGGCGCUCCCGCGCUCGCCGCCGGCCGCCGCCGCUGCCCACCGCCCAGCGGAGCGGCCCCGUCAGCCCCUCAGUUUCACAUCCUUGAAUGUCCCUCUGUUUCUUGAAGAUGAAGAAAAUGAUUACAUGCUUCUUUCUGCUAUUUGGACACAGUCUGCUUUCCAUUGUCUCUGUCAUGGCAAAAGAUCUCCCUGGAGGACGUUUCAGCCAAAGAAGGGAUGUUAGCUCGCAAUCUCUACUAGAAAAUACUUGCAACAACAAACGCCUGGACCUCGUCUUCAUCAUUGACAGCUCUCGCAGUGUACGUCCUUAUGACUUUGAAAAAGUAAAGGAGUUCAUUUUAACCAUCUUGCAGUUCCUGGACAUCAGUACUGAUGCCACCCGCGUAGGUCUGAUUCAGUAUGGCAGCACAGUCAAACAUGAGUUUUCACUGAAGACAUUCAGGAGGAAGCAGGAUAUUGAAAGAGCAGUGAAGCGGAUGAUGCACCUGGCAACUGGCACUAUGACUGGACUGGCUAUUCAGUAUGCAAUGAACAUUGCAUUUUCAGAAUCAGAAGGAGCUCGACCUCUGAAGCAGAAUGUGCCCCGAAUUAUCAUGAUAGUGACCGAUGGGAGACCUCAGGAUCCAGUGGCAGAGAUUGCCACGAAAGCACGUAACUCAGGAAUCCUGAUUUUUGCCAUUGGAGUGGGAAGAGUAGAUAUGAACACGCUGAAGUCCAUUGGGAGUGAACCGCAUGAAGAGCAUGUGUUCCUGGUUGCUAAUUUCAGUCAGAUUGAAACACUGACAUCUGCCUUCCAGACUAAACUUUGUGUGCCCCAUAUGUGCAGUACAGUUGAGCACCACUGUGAUCACUUCUGCAUAAACACCCCUGGCUCCUACCUAUGCCGAUGUAAACAAGGAUACAUUCUGAAUGCUGACCAGAAGACUUGCAGCACUCAGGACCUUUGUGCUGUGGAGAAACACGCCUGUGAGCAGAUUUGUGUGAACACACCUGGGUCUUACGUCUGUCAGUGUUAUGAAGGGUAUGAGCUUGACACAAAUGGGAAGAAUUGUGUUGUUGUAGACUACUGUACUUUGGAUAACCAAGGUUGCCAACAUGAAUGUGUUAACACUGAGGACUCCUACUACUGUAGAUGCCAUCCAGGGUUCAUUUUAAAUCCAGACCAAAGAACCUGCAGAAGACCAGAUUAUUGUGCUCUUCAGGACCAUGGCUGUGAACAAGAGUGUGUUAAUACAGAUUACUCCUAUUUUUGUCAGUGCCAAGAAGGGUUUAGACUUAAUCCAGAUAAGAAAACAUGCAAAAGAGUGGACCACUGUGCUGAAAACAAUCAUGGCUGUGAGCAACUGUGCCUAAAUACUGAUGGCUCCUAUGUCUGUCAGUGCUUGGAAGGAUUUAUCAUCAAUGAGGACCUAAAAACCUGCACAAGAGUUGACUAUUGUGCUCUGAGCGAUCACGGCUGUGAACAUUUGUGUGUAAAUGGUGACAAAUCUUACACUUGUCAGUGUUUUGAAGGAUACAGGCUUCGUAACGAUGGGAAAACAUGCAAACGUAAAAAUGUCUGCAAAUCAGUGAGCCAUGGCUGUGAGCAUAUUUGUGUUAGUGCUGACAAUUCCUACAUGUGCAAGUGUCGUGAGGGAUUUGUAUUGAGAGAAGAUGGCAAGAGGUGCAGAAGACGGGACAUCUGCAAAUCAGUCAGCCAUGGCUGUGAGCAUAUUUGUGUUAACGAAGGUGACUCAUAUGUUUGCAAAUGUCAUGAGGGUUUUCUGCUGAGAGCAGAUGAGAAAACAUGCAGAAAUAAAGACAUUUGCAGUUCAGUUGACCAUGGCUGUGAACAUGUUUGUGUUAACGCUGAUGAGUCAUACAUCUGCCAGUGUUAUGAGGGAUUUGCACUAAGGGAAGAUGGAAAAACAUGUAGAAAUAAGGACAUCUGCAAAUCAGUCACUCAUGGCUGUGAACAUCUUUGUGUUAAUGAUGACUAUUCAUACACUUGCCAGUGCCAUGAUGGAUUUGUACUAAGGCAAGAUGGGAAAACAUGCCGAAGCAAGGAUAUUUGCAAAUCAGUCAACCAUGGCUGUGAACAUGAUUGUGUUAAUGCUGGGGAUUCAUUUGUUUGUAAGUGUCAGGAGGGAUUCCUGCUAAGAGAAGACGGAAAAACAUGCAAAAAUAAAGAUCUUUGCAAAUCAGUCAACCAUGGCUGUGAACAUGUUUGUGUUAAUACUGAUGAUUGGUACAUCUGCAAAUGCCAUGAUGGGUUCCUACUGAGAGAAGAUGGGAAAACCUGCAGAAACAAGGAUGUUUGCAAUUCAGUCAGUCAUGGCUGUGAACAAGUUUGUGUGAAUACUAAAGAUUCCUACAUCUGCAAGUGUCAUGAAAAAUUCAUACUGAAGGAAGACGGAAAGACAUGUAGAUAUAAAGAUGUUUGCAACUCAGUUGAUCAUGGCUGUGAACAUACUUGUGUUAAUACUGGUGAUUCCUAUAUUUGCAAGUGUCAUGAGGACUUCACACUGAGGGAAGAUGGGAAAACUUGUAGGAGUAAAAAUAUCUGCAAAACAGUCAACCAUGGUUGUGAACAUGUCUGUGUUCCAACUGGCGAUUCAUACACGUGUCAGUGUCACAAGGGAUUUAUAUUGAGGCGAGACAGGAAAACAUGCAGGAAUAAAGACCUGUGUAAAUCCAUUGACCAUGGCUGUGAACAUGUGUGCAUUAAUAAUAACAGUUCAUACAGCUGUCAGUGCCAUGAGGGUUUUGUCCUGCGACAAGAUGGGAAAACAUGUCGAAAUAAAGAUGUCUGCAAAUCAGUUGCCCAUGGUUGUGAACAUAUUUGUGUUAAUAAUGAUGAUUCAUACAUCUGCAAAUGCCAGGAGGGAUAUGUACUAAAAGAGGAUCAGAAAACAUGCAGAGGAUGCAGUGAAGGCCCACUUGACCUGGUGUUUGUGAUCGAUGGAUCAAAAAGUCUCGGGGAGGAUAAUUUUGAAAUUGUAAAACAAUUUGUCUCGGGAGUCUUGGAUUCACUUGAGAUUUCACCCAAAGCUGCUCGAGUUGGUUUGCUUCAGUAUUCCACUGAAGUUCGCACUGAGUUUACAUUAAAGCAGUUCAGCUCAGCCAAAGAUAUGAAGAAAGCUGUAUCGCAAAUGAAAUACAUGGGACGAGGUUCCAUGACAGGACUGGCUCUGAAACAAAUGUUUGAGAGAAGCUUCACAGAAACAGAGGGAGCAAGACCAUUUUCAGCGAAUGUCCCUCGAAUCUCCAUUGUGUUUACGGAUGGACGAGCCCAAGAUGAAGUCUCAGAGUGGGCUACUAGAGCAAAGCGAAAUGGUAUAAUCAUCUAUGCCAUUGGAAUAGGAAAAGCAAUUGAGGAAGAACUGCUGGAAAUUGCUUCUGAGCCAUCAUAUAAACAUCUCUUCUAUGCUGAGGAUUUCACAGCUAUGGAGGACAUAAGUGAAGAGCUGAGAGUCCAAAUCUGUGAAGCCUUGAAAGACUCAGCUCACCAGCAGGAUCUGUUAUCUGGGAGGCUUCCUAAGAUGGGUCCACAACCUUCAGGACCUGAAUCAACCACAAUAGCCAUCACAGAUGUCAUUGCCUGUCCCAAUCUUGCAAUACACCACAAGUAUCUUUUUGAAGACAGUCACACUCACUCAACAAGAACAACAGCAAAAACUUCAAAAGACAAAGACCAGUGCAAAUGUGAAAACCUUGUGACAUUCCAGAACUAUGCAACUAAUGAAGUACGAAAACUCACCCAGCGAUUGGAAGAAAUGACGAAGAGAAUGGAAGACUUGGAAAACAGGCUAAAAUACUGAUCAAAACUUAAAAGUGUAUACUACACUGUAUAUUUAUACAUACAAUCUUGUCAGAGCUAUUUUCUUAAACUGUUUCAAAGUAAAGUAACAAAAUCUUGUGUCUGAAGUUGAAAAGAAUAUUUUGGAUCCGUGCAUCUAUAUACUAUGUCUUCUGUCUUGCAUUGAUUGCAGAUAAGAAAUGUUGAAAAUUUUAUAUAUAUAAACAACUUAGUAACUAGCAAAAAUUCUAAUUAAGCAGAACUAAACAACUAAAAUAAGCUAUGCAAAAUAAUAAAAUACUGUUAUUUUUUGAAGUGAAA